AUGGCGAACGCGGCGUCUGGAAUGGCUGUGCAUGAUGACUGCAAACUGAGGUUUCAAGAGCUAAAAUCGAAGAGGAGCUACCGGUUCAUUGUCUUCAAAAUAGAAGAGCAGCAAGUUGUCGUCGAUAAAUUAGGCGAGCCUACGGAAAGUUAUGAUGAUUUUAUGGCUAGUUUUCCUGAAGAUGAGUGCCGAUACGCUGUCUAUGAUUUUGAUUUCACAACCGAUGAGAACUGCCAGAAAAGCAAGAUCUUCUUUGUUGCAUGGUCACCAGAUACCUCAAGGGUGAGGAUGAAGAUGGUGUAUGCAAGCUCCAAGGAUAGAUUCAAAAGAGAAUUGGACGGCAUUCAAGUUGAACUGCAAGCAACUGAUCCAAGUGAGAUGAGCUUGGACAUUGUGAAAGCGAGAGCCCUCUAA